UCAAGCCGUCAGAGGCCAAGCUGCUGUUAUGUGCAAUAAUAUAGAUAAAAUGAAAGUGAAAACGAAGUAAAGAAUAACUUAAAGACACACUCAAUAUUAAAAACAAUUGGAAGACUAGUUAAGAAAACCCAAAGGAGAGUUUACAGAGAUUUUAUUAAGUUAGAUUUAAAUUAAGUGAGAUAUUUAACGCGAAUAACAAUGUCCUUUCUAAGAGGAUCAGAAAAUUAUGUAUGGUGUACGACUAGUGUAUUAGGAAAGGGAGCUACUGGCGCUGUUUUUCAGGGUGUUAAUAAGAACAAUGGAGAACCAGUUGCUGUCAAGACUUUUAAUCAACUAAGUCACAUGAGACCUCACGAAGUGCAGAUGCGUGAAUUCGAAGUUCUGAAGAAAGUGAAACAUGAGAACAUAGUUAAAUUACUAGCUAUUGAGGAAGAACAGGAUGGAAGGGGUAAGGUCAUCGUUAUGGAACUAUGUACAGGUGGAAGUUUAUUUAACAUUCUUGAUGAUCCUGAAAAUACAUAUGGGCUUCAAGAGCACGAAUUUUUACUCGUGCUAGAACAUUUGACUGCAGGUAUGAAGCAUUUACGCGACAACAAUCUGGUACAUAGAGACUUAAAACCUGGUAAUAUUAUGAAGUUUAUAAGUGAGGAUGGCACUACCACAUAUAAGUUGACAGAUUUUGGAGCAGCAAGAGAGUUACAAGAGGAGGAGCAGUUUGUAUCCCUGUAUGGAACUGAGGAGUACCUUCACCCUGAUAUGUAUGAACGAGCAGUUUUAAGGAAACCAAUAGGGAAGAGUUUUGGAGCAACUGUGGACUUGUGGUCAAUAGGAGUGACACUUUAUCAUGUAGCCACAGGACAGUUGCCUUUUAGGCCAUAUGGGGGGCGGAAAAAUAAGGAGACAAUGUUUUAUAUUACAACAAAGAAAGCUUCUGGAGUCAUUUCGGGCACACAAACAACUGAAAAUGGACCUAUAGAGUGGUGUCGUGAUCUACCUUCACACUGCCAGCUAAGUGUAGGUCUCCGGAAACUAGUCACACCAUUGCUGGCUGGACUACUGGAGGUGGACCCGCAUAGAAUAUGGACUUUUGAGAGAUUUUUCUCAGAGGUUCAAACAGUAACAUCGACAAAACCAGUUCACAUUUUUCAUGUGAAUAAAGCAGCUAGCAUAAAGGUUUUCCUGAAACCGGAGGAAAAAUAUGAGCAUCUGCAGACGUACAUCUGCGAACAGACGAGCGUUGUCGCGGAAUCCCAGAUCCUACUGCACAAGGAUGUGUUACUUCUCAGUGAAAUAGACGAAAAUACUCUCGGUAAGAGUUAUCCGGAAACAACAGCCGACGUGCCCCUGAUGCUCUUCAACAAGAAUAACAACAACGUCAGUAUGGCACCGGAGCCCGAGGUACCUAAGUUCCCCGUAUUCCCGAACAUCGUGUCCGUCGAAAACGACGCCUCGCAGGCCAAGACGGCGUGCAGCGUCGGGCACGUCGUCAAGCGGCGCGUCGAGGCGCUGUGCGCCGCGUCCGUGCUGUGCGGCGCCUGCGUGACGCGCUGGGGCGCGCUGCUGGCCGUGCGCCUGGCCGCCGUGGCCACGCGCGCGCACGCGCUGGCCGCGCACGCCGCGCGCCUGCACGACGCGGCGCGCGCGCUCGACCUGGCCGCCGCCGCCGCGCUGGCGCUGGCCCCGCGCGCGCCCGCGCCCGACGCCUGGGCCGCGCCCGCCGCGCUCGUGGCGCACGAGGCCGAGGCGCUGCGGGCGGCGGGCGCGGCGCUGCGCACGCGCCACGCGGCCGCCGCGCUGCGCGCCGACUGGGACGACGCGCUGCUGCACGCGCCGUGCCCCAGCGAGCUGCGGCUGCACCUCAAGGCCAAGACGCUGGUGGAGCGGCUGCGGGAGUCGUGGCAGCACCUGGUGCGCGACCGCGCCACGCGCUCCAUGACGUACAACGACGAGCAGUUCCACGUGCUGGAGCGCAUCACGGUGGCGGAGACGGGCCGGCGCGCGCGCGCCCUGCUGCAGCGCGCCGCGCCGCUGGCCCGCGCGCGCGCCGACGCCAUCGCCGACUGGUACAAGGUCGCACAAACGGUUUUCCUGCAAACUCAGAUCCUGGACAAGGACCUGUCGAGCACCGAGCUGAAAGUGCUGGCGCUGGCGGCGCGCCUGCAGGACGCCGAGCACCGCACGCGCGCGCUGGUGGGCGACGCGCAGGCGCAGGCGCAGGCGCAGCUCGGCGCGCUGCGGCCCGACGCGGGCGAGGGCGCGGCGCGGCGCGAGGCGCGCGCGGGGGUGGCGGCGGGCGGCGCGGGCGUGCGCGCGCUGCUGGCCGCGCACGACGACGUGGCGGCCGCCGUGGCCUGCAGCUCGGCGCUCGUGGCGCGCCUGCUGCACCUCACGGCCGACGCGCCCUAGCACAG